GUCAGUCUCACAAUACAGUUAGCCGACGUUAGUUUUUCGCAGACGCUUUUCCGCCUAGCAACAUUUUCUAUUACAUAUAUAUAUAUCUUAGUGUUAUAUAUAUGUAAACUUAGAUCCAUGUAAGCUCAACUGCGCUCCAGUUCUAGUGUGUGCUAGUGCCUAGUGUCUAGGGCCUCGAGAGCCUAGUUAGUGUGCAUAUUAAUUUCGUAAGCGUAUCCUUUCGCGUGGGGUAGCUAGCCCCGUUUUCGGUUUCGGUUUCGGUUCUCCCGUUGUGUUAUUUUCUUGUUUUUCUUUUCCUUUCUCCUUUUUUUUUGCAAGCAUUUCGUUCGUCUCGCCCGCCCCUUCGUCGCCGCGGUCCUGUGUAUGUAUUCGUUUGUCUGCAGCCAACCCCGGCAAAUUCGCCGUCUUCGUAGUCGUUGCCUCCUGCUGCCCACUGGGCGUUAAUAAUUCCUGAUUUCCCGGACAUCUAUAUAUACACACUAUAUAGUGGUAUAUGUCAAUAACUAAUCGUCUGUAACUGCAUAUAUACAUAUAUGUAUAUGUAUUUUGCGAAAUUGGCCCGCCGUUCAUCAAAUAUACACGAAUGAAACUCUUGCCGCUGUCGUAUUGAUUUUUUCUAUCAUCAUUAUUAACAUUAUAAUCAUUUCGCUGGUGCCAAAGUGUUGUAAACCGUCCAUUAAAAUCAGAACCUAGUUCCGCAGUAACCAAACCAAAAACAACAACAAAAACAACAAUUCCGUUUCAUUAGACACUGCCCGCAGCUCUAAAGGGCCUCUGUCUGCCUUAAGUAGCACAAGUCGUGUAUCCGCUACACACAUAUAUUUAUAUAUACUACAUACAUACAUCUAUAUAUAUAUCUACACAAUGAGUAGCUAUACGGCCGCCCAGUACUACAAGACCACCAAUAUGAUUACCUCCAAUGAGAUCUACUGCUUUCCCCAGAAGAGCAUCGAGCGCAGUGGCUCCACACAAUACGAUCUGGCCGGAGCGCCAGUGGGAGCGCACGGCUCCGGCACAGCGACCGACGGCGUCGGUGGAUAUGUCUACCUACAGAACCACUAUGCCGCUGGCGGCGGUCACAACUCCGCCACGACUAUCAACUAUCCCGCGCCGCAGCACCCGCAGAUGAUCUACCAGAUCCAGCAGUAUCCCACGUGCCAUCAGCAACAGCAGCAGCAACAGCACCAGCAGCAGCAGCACUACAUGCAGGUGCAGGCGGCACCGCCGGGCAGUGGGCACUACCACCACCACAACCACCACCUGCUGAACGGCCAUGGGCACCACCACCACCACGGCGGGGCCGUCGUCAUCGCCGGCAGCGGCGUGGGCACCGGAGCAGGAGGAGCCGGCGCAAUCGUGCUGCAGCAGCAGCAACAGCAGCAGAACAUGCACAAGAAGAACUCCAUACGGAAUGGCGGGGAUGUGCUGAAGCGCACGCGCGCCCAGUCCGCGUACGAGCUAUCGCAGGAUCUGCUGGACAAACAGAUCGAGCUGCUGGAGCGCAAGUACGGCGGCGUGCGGGCCCGCAAUGCGGCAGUCACCAUUCAGCGCGCCUUCCGACACUACAUGAUGGUCAAGAAGUUCGCCUCGAUCACGGCCAUGGCCAAGGCCGAGAAGCGCCUCAGUCGCCGCAUGGUGGUCACCGCCUCCAGCAUGACCCUGGCCGAGGAGAGCGCCUCCGCAAAUGCCUCUUUAUCCUCUGCCUAUGGCAGUGCCACAGAAUCUCAGCUAGAGCAGCUGCAGCAGCAGCAGCAGCAACAACAACAACAGCAACAACAACAGCAGCAGCAGCAACAGACGGGACAGCAUCAGCCACGUGUGACCAUAAUGGCGGGCCCGCCAGGUGCCGCCUCGCCCGGACUCUCGCGGACGCCCCCAACGCGCUCGCUCUCGAUGCGCGAGCGGCGCCAGCUGGACUGCAGUCCCAUUCCUCGCAGUCAGUCGGGCGCCUCACCCGUGUCCAUUGGCAGCUCCACAACCUCCGUGUCCGGCCUGGCCUCGCAUCCGCACGUCAACCUGCUGCACGCCGCCGAGCCGCACUACUACAAUGCGCAGGCGAUGCCGACAGCCGCCGCGUACUACACCAGCUACCACGGGUCGCCGCACGAGCUCAGCUACGCCAGCUCGGCGGACACCUCGCUGAAUGCCUCCUGGGUGAACACCAGCGGCCACUCGCCGCACACGCCCUACUACUCGGCGGCGCAGAUCUACAUGCGGCCCAAGGGCGGCAGCACCACGCCGACGCCCAGCUGCGGCAGCCAGGGCAGCGGAAGCGGCAAGAAGGUGCCGCCAGAGGUGCCCAAGCGCACGUCCUCGAUCACGGCCCAGCAGCAGAGCCAGCUGCUGAUGAUGCAGCGGCAGACGCCGCCGCCGCCCUCGCUGCUGCGCACCAACGGGCUCUGCAAGACAGCCGAGAACGGCAGCCUAACGUCCGUGCAGAGCUCCGGCUCGGACUCGAGCAUCACCUCGGCGGAGCGCAACAUCAACAGCGACCUGGGCUCCGACCGCAGCAACUCCCCGCACACCUGGAAGCGCGGCACGGCGCUCAACAGCUCGCAGCAGUUCUCCACGCACUCGGCGGACUCCGUGGGCGCCGCCGGCCAACUGCAGGUGGUGGUGGCAGCGGCCACCGCACCGGGCGGCGUGCCGCCCACAGAUGACCACGCCAUCUCCUCGCACACCAGCGCCGCCCAGUACGAGCAGCACGAGCAGCAGCAGCACGAACAGCAGCAGCUGCAGGCGGCGGCCGCCGCGGCGGGCGUGCCCCCCAACUACAAGAUGUCGGAGACGAUACGCAAGCGGCAGUACCGCGUGGGGCUCAAUCUGUUCAACAAGAAGCCGGAGAAGGGCAUCACGUACUUGAUCCGGCGCGGAUUCCUGGAGAACACGCCGCAGGGCGUCGCCCGCUUCCUGAUCACGCGCAAGGGCCUCUCGCGGCAGAUGAUUGGAGAGUAUCUGGGCAAUCUGCAGAACCAGUUCAACAUGGCGGUGCUCAGCUGCUUCGCCAUGGAGCUGGACCUGUCCGGGCGGCAGGUGGACGUGGCGCUGCGCAAGUUCCAGGCCUACUUCCGCAUGCCCGGCGAGGCGCAGAAGAUUGAGCGGCUGAUGGAGGUCUUCUCGCAGCGCUACUGCGAGUGCAAUCCGGACAUUGUGGGGCGGCUGAGGUCAUCCGAUACGAUCUUUGUGCUGGCUUUCGCCAUCAUCAUGCUGAACACGGAUCUGCAUACGCCCAACCUGAAGCCGGAGCGGCGCAUGCGCGUCGAGGACUUCAUCAAGAACUUGCGCGGCAUCGAUGACUGCCACGACAUAGACAGGGACAUGCUGGUCGGCAUCUUCGAGCGCGUCAAGUCGGAUGAGUUCAAGCCAGGCAGCGACCACGUGACCCAGGUAAUGAAGGUCCAGGCCACCAUAGUGGGCAAGAAGCCGAAUCUGGCCCUGCCCCAUCGACGGCUCGUCUGCUACUGUCGGCUGUACGAGAUACCCGACGUGAACAAGAAGGAGCGACCUGGCGUGCACCAGCGCGAGGUGUUCCUGUUCAACGAUCUGCUGGUCAUUACCAAAAUCUUUAGCAAGAAGAAGACCUCCGUGACGUACACGUUCCGCAACAGCUUCCCGCUCUGCGGCGCCGUGGUCAGCUUGCUGGACUUGCCGAACUAUCCGUUCUGCAUUCAGCUUUCCCAGAAGGUGGACGGCAAGAUCCUAAUCACCUUCAAUGCGCGCAACGAGCACGAUCGCUGCAAGUUCGCCGAGGAUCUCAAGGAGUCCAUCAGUGAAAUGGACGAAAUGGAAGCGCUGCGCAUUGAAGCCGAACUCGAGCGGCAGAAAUCGGCGCGCAAUCGCGCCACCGGCAGCGCGGACAACCGCGACAGCGGCGUGGCCGAUGUCGAGGUCUGCCCAUGUCCCUAUCAGCCCGGCACUCAGGCGGCCGGCGAGCAGGCGUCCAGCUCUACGGACUCCAAUCAGCUGAAGCGGAGCGCCCUCAGCAACAGUCUGCUGGACAUGCAUGAGCAAUUUGGCAACGAGAAGCCCCAGCGGCGUGGCAGCGUCGGCUCCCUGGACAGCGGCAUGAGCAUCUCAUUCCAGUCGACAACCACGUCGAGUGCGUCGAGGGAGAACGCGGCCGCCAUCGCAGCUGCCGCCAACGCGGCCAAUGCGGCCUCGAAAAUCCGCUUCAACCUGCAGGCCACCACCAGCAACGUCUAUGCCGCGCCUGGCAUGCAGGCCUACACGCACGCCAACUUCGUGCAGCAGUCGCAGGCGGCUUACAUGCUGCAGCAGCAGCAAAUGAUUCAACAGCAGCAGGUGGCGCAGGCUCAGAUGCAGGCGCACGCUCAAGCUCAGGCUCAGGCACAGGCACAGGCACAGGCCCAAGCACAGGCGCAAGCACAGGCCCAAGCACAAGCUCAAGCACAAGCGCAAGCACAGGCGCAGUCGCAGGCACAGCCAGGACCUGUGGUAAUGGGACGUAUACCAGGACGAGAGCGCAAGGCAUCGCGGUCAGAUGACUCGCGCUCCACAGAAGUCUAAAUAUGGCGCAGUAUUUGUAUAUUCAGUUUAAAUAUAUAUAUAUAGAUACGCAUUCUACAUAUAUAUAUAAAUAUAUAUAUGUAUAUAUCUGAAGCAUACGCGUAAAUUGAAAUUUGUAUGAUCCGAUACGAACCGAACCGAAUCGAACCGAAAGCCAUUUUUAAGCACACCUAACACCUAACAAAACAGCAGCUACAAUAUGAAUUCUUAAUGUUCCUUCGUUCUCUGCUAAUAUUAUUGUACAUAAACUGCAUAUUUGUCUAUUAACGCGAUUGAAAUGCGACUUAAGUAAGUUUUCAAAACUAAUUGUACAUAUUUAACAACAUUUAUCAACAAUUUAUAUAUAUACGUACAUUUAUCUCUAACUAAUCAUUUCAAAUACCCUCUAUGAUCGUCGCAGACUCGUGUCCACGAUCAGUUAGCUAAUAACAGAAGAAAAACCAAUUUUUGAAAUACAUUUUCAGCAAGUAGA